UCUCUCUUCACUUGCUCACAGUUGCUUCCGAGUCCCGUCCGCUUCCGUCAAGUACUCGUCACAUGUCGCCGGUGUAAUUUCCGCGUUAGGCGUGUUGGUGUGGUACGGCCAGUACGGCCGCAAAUUCAAAACGAGUCGACUUUAGCGAGUGACAGCGGACUCCCAAGUGUCAGCUAAGCUGCAGAGACAUGGCCCAAGCAGCACCGCCCGAACUUCGGCUCACUUCGACGCAUCCGAAAUACAGCAGCUUGGACAAGUUCGAAAUCGCGCACGAAAUCGGCAAGGGCUGCUUUAGUGCGGUGUACAGGGCCCGCUGUAAGGAGGACGGCAGUCACGUGGCCCUCAAGACCAUAAAGAUCAAGGAACUGGCAGACGAGAAGGCCAAAGUGGACUGCAUGAAGGAGAUGGCCCUGCUUGAGAAGCUCGACCAUCCAAACAUCAUCAAGUACUACGCAUCCUUCAUAGCCAAUGACGAAGUGCACAUCGUCUUGGAGCUGGCGGACGGUGGCGACCUUGCAAAGAUACUGAAGCGUUUCAGGGACCACGAGAAGCUGGUUCCGGAGCAGACGAUAUGGAAGUACUUCGUGCAAGUUUGUAGCGCCGUCGAACACAUGCACCAGAAGAGGAUCAUGCAUCGAGACAUCAAGCCGUCCAACGUCUUCGUGACAAGCCAGGGAGUGGUCAAGCUCGGAGACCUCGGGCUUGGGAGAUUCUUCAGUCUCAAGACGGUCUCCGCUUAUUCCUUAGUGGGCACCCCCUACUACAUGUCGCCAGAGAGGAUACGCGAAGAAGAGUAUGACUUCCGCUCUGACGUCUGGUCGUUGGGCUGCCUGCUCUACGAGAUGGCCGCCCACCAGUCGCCGUUCCACUGUGACAAGCGCAACCUCUUCUCCCUCCUCAAGAAGAUAGUGGACAGCGACUACCCCCCCAUCCCCAGCAACAUAUACUCGGAUGAGUUGCGAGCUCUGGUGGCGGUGUGCAUCGAUCCCAUCCCCGAGAAGCGCCGAGACAUCAGCUACGCCAGCCGGGUCGCGAACCAGAUGCACCUGCGCUUCUCCAAGGCGACCUCCUAGGAGGGUGGCGAAGAACUGGACGCAGAUGACGCCGUAUUCCGGAAAGGCAUUCUCAAUAUUCUACUCUAGUCAACUGAGGGCAGGCUUUGCACAAUUGUGCAUUCUUGUUACAAGCCAACAAUACUAUACUUGUUCAAUGUUUCAAUGUUCACAACUUGGAGGCAGCCAAUAAUGACGAGGCCUUGGCCCCGCUGCAGCUUGCAUUUACAAAAGAGUGUUCCAAGUCAAGAAAAGGCACGCUAUUUUUGUAACACUUUUGGCUGCUAGUAUUUUCUAGAAGUUGUUUUACACUGCCCAAGAAGAGUCACGUGGCCCUCAACUGUUAUGCAAGACCUUAGAAUUUGGUAAUUGCAAAGUGUACAAUUUUCUACUAAAUAAAUUUGUUCUUUUGUUU